GGCAGAUACUGGAGCCUAGCAAGAUGCUGAGCCUCGCAGGUGGGAGCCGGGCUCCCUUGGGCCUGCUCCUGAUCUCUCUGUAUCUGCCAGGCCUCUUUGCACGGAGCAUCGGGGCACCAGAGGAGAAAGCCUCCCCGCAUUCCGGAAAGCCUUCCUUCACCGGCCUCUCCAACUCCGGACAGCCUCAGCCCAAGCUAGACCCCGUGAAUAAUGAGUUACCGAGGGUUCUUCCACAAGAUAGCGCCCUACCCGAGGGCAGCUCUGGGCUGCCCCACGGGCCUGCCUUCUGGGGACCGUCUCCCAUGGAGCCCUGGCUCUCAGAGGACCCUCAGCAAGAGAUGGCUGCUGCUGCCGCUGCUGAGGACGACUUGGAGCAGGUGCCGCCCGAAGGCCUGCCGUACCUCUCCAGAGGCAGCCAUCUGCCUGAGGCUUCCUCUGCACUGGUCAGGCAACCUUCACCAGAGGUUUCCCGCCCCCAGGACUCAGAGCCUAGAUGGCAACCGGGUUCCAGACCACCGGGAACCGAGGCAGAAGCCUUUGCUCAGCACCCGUUCUGGUUUCUCAGCCACAGGUUUCUGCCUAGUUCACCUGGGAGGAUCCUAAAUCCUGGAGCAUCUUGGGGAGGUGGAGGAGCUGGAACUGGGUGGGGAACCAGGCCCAUGCCGUACCCUUCUGGAAUAUGGGGUAGCAAUGGUCAAGUAUCAGGGACUAGCAUGGGGGGGAAUAGUCGGUUCCCAGUAGGGAGCUGGGGGGGUAAUGGUCGGGGUCCGGCAGGGGGCUGGGUGGGUAAUGGUCGGGGUCCAGCAGGGGGCUGGGGGGCUGGGCGGGGUAAUGGUCGGGGCCCAGCAGGGGGCUGGGCGGGUAAUGGUCGGGGCCCAGUAGGGGGCUGGGCGGGUAAUGGUCGGGGCCCAGUAGGGGGCUGGGGGGGUAAUGGUCGGGGCCCGGCAGGGGGCUGGGUGGGUAAUGGUCGGGGCCCAGUAGGGGGCUGGGCAGGUAAUGGUCGGGGCCCAGCAGGGGGCUGGGCAGGGACCAGUUGGCGCCCAGGAGGGAGCUGGGGGACUAAUUGUGGGUAUCCAGCAGGCAGCUGGGGACCCACUUGUUAGUUCAGCAGGUAGCUGGGGACA